AUGGACCAGGAACGCACCCCGCCGGCGACGAAGAGGGCAAGGCGCUCGCCUCCUCCGCAAGCCGGCGCGGAGGACCGGCUCGGCGCGCUCGACGACGGCACCCUCCACUCCAUCCUCGUCCGCUUGCCGCUCCGCGACGCGGCGGCCACGGUCGUGCUCUCCCGCCGGUGGCCCCGCGUCUUCGCCACGCUCCCGCGCCUGGUCCUCCGCCCCGCCACCUUCAACCGCCGCGGCUUCCCCGACGAGGAGGGCGACGAGGACCGCUGCGAGGACCCGACACGCUGGAUGCGCGCACUCCGCUGCGUCCUCGACCGCCGCGCCGCGCCGGUCGCGGCUUUCGAGAUCGACUGCAGAUUCAUGAGCCUGUACGGUGAGUGGUUCUCCUGGGUCUUCCGCGAGCUCUGCGGGAGCGGCGGGCUCCUGGAGCUCAGCAUCGCCAACACCGACUACAAAGAGUGCUACGCGCUGCCCGACGCUGUGUACACCUGCACGACGCUCACGUCGCUGGACCUCUACAACUGCUGGCUCCAGGUGCCGAGCAGGGCCGCUGCGAUGGCGCUGCGCGCCCUGCAGUCGCUCCGCCUCCGCAACGUGGUCGCGAGCGACAGCGACAUCCGUCUCAUCAUCUGCCGGUGCUCCGCCAUAGAGCGUCUGGAGAUCCAUGACAUCCACAUGGCGCGAAACAUCGUCAUACGCGCGCCUUGCCUCAAGAAGCUAGACAUCUACUCGUAUCGCCCGCUCUGCAUCUCCCUGAAGAAGGCAAAGGCACAGCCACUGAACAUGGUGAGGCUGAGCCUCUCCUACGGCUACCCUGAGCAUUCUUGGAGCCUCCACGACACCUUGGACACCAACAGGGAGUGCUCCAAUCAUGAAAUCGAGGAGAUCCUUGAUUACAAGAAGAUGUCUGAGAGGGAGCACAAGCAGACGGAUGAGAUCAAGAACAUGGAAACAUUCCUCACUGCACUCAGCUUCACCAAAACGCUCCAGUUGCAUUUAUCGACUGAAUACUCCGAGGUUUUGAACAUGGCCAAGGCUUCAACGUUGAUGAGUUUGCCCAAGAAAAAGUACCUGCUUGGCUUGAAAUCACUCAGCCUAACUCUGGAUCACAACCAUGAAGUUCUUGCUACCUUAGUUUCAUGCUUGCUGAACAGCUCUCCCAACCUCAAGGAUCUCAGAAUCAUUGAGCUUCGGCAUCCGGGAAGCCCUGUGCCCUUAGCUGUAGAGUUUUGGGAGAAGCAGAUAACUGCAGACGGAUUUCUGUAUCACCUGUCAAGUGUCACCUUCUACACUGAUUCGCUCUUGGAAGGCCACCCUUGUGGGGGCAUUUGCAAGUUCUUGGUGAUGAACGCGAGGGUCCUCAAAAGAAUGAGCAUCGUGUACCAUCAUUCGCAGGUCAAGCCGGAGCAUGCAGCCAAGCUUGAGGCAGCCCGAAGGGAACUCCAUCUCUGGCCAAGGGCUUCUGCGGAUGUACUGCUGGAGUUGGCUCCUGUGGAUCGCUUCCCAUGGUUCUGAGGGCGCGAGGUCGCUGAUCCAUUACUCACUUGCAAAUUCUGCAGCUUUUGUUUUAUCUACAGCCUGUGCUAUGCCUCUCAUGAACUCUGGUUACUCUAUGUAAACACCACAUGCUAGGUACCAUAAGUUGUUUGUGGGGAUGGACUGGAAGUCUGAAUUUGCACUUUGGUGCUAGUUAUGUUUGCCCUUGUUAAUAGUACCAGUACUUGUUAGUAUUGUCUGUUGGAUUCCGUAAA